ACACAGAAAAGUGGUUGCUCCUUGGUGGCUGGUGGUUGGUACAUUAAUUCCAUUUGCUACCGAUCGACAAUCUCUCAGCUUUGUUGUCGUCGAUCACUUUCUUUAUCUCUUCACAAUCUCUCUCGCUCUCUAUUCACCCCAAAAUCAACAGCAUAAUUUAGCAGUCGACGACUUGUCGUUUCCAGAGCCACCAUGACCUCCGCUUUGGAUUUCAGCCCCAGCAUCAGUGAGUCCCUCGGCGACGUUACCAUUUUCACCGCUGCUGGAGACGCCGUCCAGUUCAAGGACCUCUGGGACCAGAACGAGGGGGUGGCUGUUGUUGCACUAUUGAGGCACUUUGGAUGCCCUUGCAGUUGGGAACUUGCUGCAACUCUAAAAGAAUCAAAAGCGAAAUUUGACUCAGCUGGUGUGAAACUAAUUGCUGUUGGUGUUGGUAGUCCUGAUAAAGCUCGUGUCCUUGCAGAACGGUUACCAUUUCCCAUGGAUUCCCUUUAUGCUGAUCCUGAUCGUAAGGCGUAUAAUAUUUUGGGUUUAUACUAUGGAUGGGGUCCAACAUUCUUCAAUCCAGCCAUUAUUGUAAAGAUGUUGUCAAGAUUUGGUGCUCUAAGGAAAGCUGUAAAAAACUAUACGAUUAAAGCCACUCCAGAUGAUAGAAGUGGUGUGUUGCAACAGGGAGGGAUGUUUGUCUUCAAAGGGAAGCAGUUAUUGUAUGCUCGGAAAGACAAAGAGACAAGUGAUCAUGCCCCAUUAGACGAUAUUUUGGAUGUUUGCUGCAAAGUUCCAGUCUCUUGAAACUGUAGUAUCUUUAGGUUUUUCAGUUAUUGGAAUUCAAUCUUCAAUUCACAUUUCAUGUAUCAGUAAUAAGGAAAUCAUAUAUGUAUGAAUAACACACACGUACAUGCGUGUGUAUUUGCAUUAUACACUUUGCAAGCUUCAAAGAGAAAAUUGUUCAUUCGAAAUGGAGUCCAAUAGUAACACGAAAUUUCAUUAUUUUGUA